AUGGCCGUCAUACAGGACCUCCCUGUCGAACUAUUCGCGCGCAUCUGUUCUUUUCUCUGCUUCCAUUGCCAAGCGCCGAGGUUCUUCCCAAACGCGGACAUGGAGGAGCUGCUGGCGGAUAAGGCGUCUCUGGCGCGCCUCUGCCGGGUCUCCAAGUCCGUAUGCGGCAUUGCGCAGCCGUUUGUCUUUCAUUACUACGCAACCGGGAACCUGCCCUGGUACUAUCACUGCGGCCCGGAAGACCCCACGUUCAUGUACAGCGACGCAAGGUGGCCCUGCGCCAACGACUUUCUUCCGUCCUUCCUCCGCUCCAUCAUCCGACGCCCCGACCUCGCCGGAUGUGUCCGGGCUCUACAGUUGGUUACACCCAAGCCAUUCCCCGAGCAAUGUCUUCCCUGGGACGGGGGACUGGAGGCUGAUUGCGAGUCGGCCAUUACAAAGGCGAGCACGGAUCUCGGGGUCGUCGCCUUCAACGGAUUCCACCCGGGAUACAAGGACUGGGUGCGCAACAUGCCCGGUUUCGAAGACUGGGUCACCAUCGAUGACAUCCACCACACCCUGGUGCAGCUGGCCAUCCUCCUGUGCCCCCAAGUCAGGACGCUACUGCUCAUGGGCGACUUCUCGCCGUCCUCCGGCAGCCUCCUCCUGUCUAGCGGGCGCGCCCUCCCGGCGCUGGAAACAAUCGGCCUCAUAUCUAACGACGGCGGCGGCCACUAUAACCUAAUCACCCCCCUCAUCGCCCUCGCGCCCAACCUACAAACCAUCCACGCCAUCGACGCGCAUAACGAAACCAUUAACGCCCCCGUCGUGGCCGGCCGCGCAUUCGGCCCCCCGCCCUUCCGCGACGGCCCCUUCACCACGCUGCGCAAGGCCGUCAUUCAAAACCUCGGCGCCGACGACCUCAGCGCCUUCUUGCGGUCGGCCCCGGCCUUGCACGAGCUGAGCUACACGGAGUCGCACGAAACCGACGACGAACCGGGCCCGGAGUACUACCGCGACCUCGUCGCCGGCCUGGCACGCACUCACCCAACUCUCCGCCGCCUGUCCCUCCGGUUUCCGGUGGCCCUGACCAUACUUCCGCGCCGCCACUCGUUCUUGCCCCCCGCCAUCGGGUCGCUGAGCGGGUUUGUGCGGCUCGAGGAGCUGUCCGUUUCGCAGGGUGCCAUCUACAGCCGGCAUUAUGGUGGGCCGCCCUUGGUGCCGCUGGCGGGUGGGCUGGUCGAGUUUCUGCCGCCGUCGCUUGUCGCCCUGUCCAUCUUGGAGGUUUGUCGGGAUUUUGAGGCGGAUUUGAGGUGUCUGGCCCGCGACGCCCUCGGGGGGUUGCCGCGCCUGCGAUCCGUUAGGAUCGUCUCUUUCUACACUGAUGAGCCUUGUAAUGCACACCUGGUGGUAUUCUCCGGGGAGGAAAAAACGAAUGAGCUGCAGAGUGUCUUUGCGGCCGCGGGGAUCUCGUUGGCGUUCGCCUGGGCGGAUGAGGAUGAUGGGGUCGGAGACGUUCCGGGGUUGCCGACGGCGGAGCGGUCCGGCACGGAUGGUUGCUGGAAACUUGGUCUGCGGUACUAG